CCCACACUUGCCUCAGCUGAUUAAUCAGAGGUUCAGGCUGUGAUUACCAAUCUCCCACACAGUUGUCGCUCAGCAGGACUGACACUGCCCAAGCACACACUAAGGAGCCUGAGGGCACCCUGUGCUCUGUACCUUCGUUCUGGGUGAGCUCCCCUACCCGACCAGGUUCUGUAAGGAUGGACACAAACCCGAGCAUCACCAGGUGUGUUCUCUGCACUAAAGCCUCAGCAGCUGCCUUCCCUUUUCAAGGAGUCCAAACGCAAAAGGCUUGAAGCUGCAUCUCCGGGCCAGGACUUUGCUGGGCUGGCUGCCCAGGUGAGGAUCCCGCAGGGCCUGGAGGUGAGCAGUGCUUGCCAUCUGCUGGACAGCUUCUCCACUGCAGCCCAGCAGCUGCAGCCCAGCAGCGAUGCCUCCAGAUGUGGGUGCUGCAGAUCUCCUGAAGAGGAAGGCAGCUCUCGGUGCUGACAGCCCUGAAUGCUCACAGCCUCCUGACAUUCUCAUUUACACGUUUUCUUGAGCCUGUCACUUUGAAAUCCACGCCCUGGCUCAGACACAUGGAAAUUCCCUUGUGACCCCAUGUCCCUCAGCAAGAUCUCAUCAGAGAUCUCAUCUGAGAUCUUGCUUGUCUUUCUCAGGGCUGUAGCACCCUGCAGCCACUGGUUGCCCUGAUCCUUCUGUUCCCAGCUGAUCUGCUCCCAGUAUGAACCUGAUGGGGCAGCUCCCGGGGCACUGUGAUAACGUGACCCUUGGUGAAACCAGGGUGGUGGAGCAGGAUCCCUUGGGGCUAAGACAAGGCUUCCUCCUGAGUCCCGAAGCUGUUCUUGUAGUGAGUCCAAAGACACCAUGUGUGGUUUCUAUUGAAAGCUGAAACACGCCAUACGGCAGAGGUUUUACAGACUCCAUAAAUAGCUGCUGUUUAGGAUGUAUGGUAUGGGGGAGGCUUUAGAAAUCAAAAUAUUUAGAGAUUUGCAUUAUUUGUCUUGGCAAGAAGGAGCAACCAAGAAUGAAAUACAAAAUCGUCCUUCAAGGGAGGAAUGGAGUUGGGGAAAACAGUGAAAUGUGGGAACAACAGAGGUGUCAAAACCUCCAAGAAUUCCCUCUGCAAUGAAUGAGAGCAAGAAACACAGCCCAGUAAAUCUGAAAGCAGCAAGAAUUCAUUCAGAAUGCUGAGGCUCACGUGUAUUUCUGAUAGAAAAUACUGCUUUUCGAAAAGAAUCGUGACAUUUCCAUCAACGGCACAUUUGAAUAUUGCAGGAACAUCCAGAACACUCAGCUAAAAGCAGCUCCAGGCUGGGCUGUGUCAUUAUGAGCUGCAUGAGUGAGGAUGGCUCCAGCUCAUCCUCCAGCCUGUUCUCCUCCUCUCUGUUUUAUUCUGGUCCCCAUGUGGAGCUGUGUAACAGGAGCACUAAGAUUGGCCCAAAUGGGAACCUGUGCAGAUGCUGGGUGUGAAAGCACUGGUGGAAAUUAUGGGAUCAGGGCUAUUGGAGUGGAACGUAGGUCAGCAGGUUAUCGUGACUCCAGAGCGUCAUGGUUUUCUCAUCAUCAUCAUCUCAUCUCAUCUCAUCUCAUCUCAUCUCAUCUCAUCUCAUCUCAUCUCAUCUCAUCUCAUCUCACCACGUGGUUUCCCAACCUGCCACUUGGUCAAAUCUGUCUCCAAUCCAGUUUUCGGCACCCCCAGCCUCAAUCUGCUGCCUGCUCCAUGUGACUUCUAGGCAAAAUCUCAUGAAACACUACUUCUAUGUUUUCUACUUCUAGGUUUUGGUCUGAGGAAAGAAAAGAAGAGUUGGUCAUAUCCUGUUCCCUCUUAUUUCAGAGUAUCUUGUCAUGGUGCCAUCACUUGCCACAUCCGGACACUACAGCCCGUCGGGGCCCUGGGUUCUUCUAGGUACAGGAUGGUGUAGGACUCCACACUCUUUACAUAGAAUUUCAUGACACAGCACUUCUUCCAUUGUGUCAUGCUGUCUUUGUGCAGCAUUUUGUCGUGCUUCCGGCCUUGUGCACCUUUAUAAAGUGAACUGAACCCAGGGAUCCCACAUCGGGCCCAGCAAAGGACCCUUUGCAGCACUAUAGCACUGUCGCCUACAGUGAAUCUCCACCGAACGGGAGCAUGAAGUCCUCCACAGCUGCCAUUGCUGUCCUCACUGUGGCUGUCCUCUGCUUCCAGGUCUCCUCAACUACACUAGCUGUCGGGUCCUUUGGACGCUGCUGCUACCAAUUCCUAAACAAAGCCCUUCCCCGGAACAAGGUGAUGAUGUAUGAGUACACAGGAAGCAAGUGCCCCUACCACGGCGUGAUAUUCACCACGUUUGAGGGGAAGAUGUGCUGUGCCAGGCCAGAAGAGCAGUGGGUUCAGGAUAUCCUGAAUGUGGGGAAGCACAAGGAUGGCAUCAAGUGAGCUGAGCUCUGAUCCCUUCCAGCAUCACCGCAGACCUCGCAUGGGCAGCUCCCAUCACAGCCCCGUCAGCUCCUUGCCCGUGCAUUGUGCAGACUGUUUGCUAUUCUAUAUACCUUAUUUAUUUACUUAUUUAAGUGUGAAUGCAGAAGCAUUUGGAUUUAUUUGACUUCUUAGGGGCAAACGUUUCUCUGUAAUUCAUCCUGGUCGUCUUUCUGUCGGUUUUGUGCCAUAAAAACAAAGUCAAGCUGCCUUUAGUCCCGCUGUGUCUCUGUCAGGCAGGGCCGGGCCCUGCAGGCCGCCCCUGACCCCAUUGCGGACCCGGGGCUGCCCCCAGCACGGCCACCGGGAGCCGCGUCUCGUCCGUCCGGGGCGGCCCACGCUGCGGGUCGGGCCCAUCGGUCCCGUUUUCCCUUCGCUUCCACUUUCACCCCCCGGGCAGGGCCGGGCAUUGCCGGGCAGCGCAGCCCUCAGUGCCGCCCCACUCGGUGCCACGCUCCGCCCACGGCCGCUGUCCCGGCCGGGUGUCCCGGUGCAAGGCCCCGCGCGGCCCGCACGCAGCAUG